AUGUCUAAGUUUUCAAUAAAAGAGUUACUUACAGUUGCACCUUCUAAAUUUGAAGAUGGCUUGGUCCAAACAAUACUAAAAUCAAAUGAUUUAUUUAACAAUGAUUAUUUUUCAUUAGAAGCCUCAAAGGAGAGUAAACUCAAAUGCCUGCUUGAAUACGCAUUUGAUAAAGAUACUAAAACUUAUUAUUUCACGGAAGAUAAAGAUCCUCAUCUUGAAUUUAUUUUCAAAGGCGUGUUCAAUUUAUCAGGUCUUGUUAUACAUUGUAUUUAUAACCCUUAUAUUAAGGAUUUUGAUGUUGUUGGUUCAAAAGACGGUAGGCAAUAUAAUUUGAUUUACUCUUACAGAAGCAUCAGUGAUGAAUUAUACGGGAACCGUAAAUUAUUCGAGUGUAAUCAAAGUGAAUUUUAUAAACGAAUUAGGAUCAACUUUCUGCGAGAUAGCUUAAAACAGAUCACUGGCUCCAUGUUUGAGCUAGAUAUAUUUGGUGCAUUUUUGCGGGUAGCUAUUCCAUCAUGUAUACUUCAAAAUGAACUAUCAUUGGGCUACGUAUCUCAUAUUAUAUCGUUCAUUUUAAUUAUUACAUAA